AUGCCCGGCCGACAGCUGAGCCAGAAGAAAUGCGGCAGUUCGGCCAAGACUGGAGAAGGGUGGCUGGAGGGUCAAGUCAGGAGAACCACAGCCAUAGGGCAGAGCCAGGUAAACUGCGACCAGUGGGCCGCAGCCCAGGCCCAGACAAAUGUGACAGAGUUCGAUGGGCAGGAUGCAUGUGGAUCCAACAGCUGGACAGUCAUGGACAUCAACCCACCUGUGUGGUCCAAUGACCCCAAGUCCCAGAGCCACCCCCGGUGGCUCAUGUGGGGUCUCAAGCCCUGGACCCAGUAUGCCAUCUUCGUGAAGACCUUGGUCACCUUUUCUGAUGAGCGUCGCACAUACGGGGCCAAGAGCAGCAUCAUCUAUGUCCAGACGGAUGCCACCAAUCCUUCUGUGCCCCUGGAUCCCAUCUCGGUUUCUAACUCCUCAUCCCAGAUCAUUCUCAAGUGGAAGCCUCCCUCUGACCCCAACGGCAACAUCGCACACUACCUGGUUUUCUGGGAGAGGCAGGCAGAGGACAGUGAGCUGUAUGAGUUGGAUUAUUGCCUGAAAGGGCUGAAGCUGCCCUUGCGGACCUGGUCCCCACCGUUUGAGUCAGAGGGCUCCCAGAAGCACAACCAGAGCGAGGACGAGGAGUCUGCUGUGGAGUGCUGCUCCUGCCCAAAGACCGAUGCUCAGAUUCUGAAGGAGGUGGAGGAGUCCUCCUUCCAGAAGACAUUUGAGGAUUACCUGCACGAUGUGUUUUUUGUCCCCAGGUAA